CACACACACACGGUCAUGCAGAGGGAGAAAGCAGAGGGGAGGGAGAAAGAGAGAGAGAGGUAGAGCGCCACACACAACGAGGGAACCCCAUCAGCUGGAAGUCGAGUAACAUUACAACUCUCAGUAGCCUGAAACUACUACAUUACACAGACGAGGAAAAUCAGAUCUUCUCUGAGGAUUUAACCUGCGUCGGAUCACGGGAUUUCUGCUCUCUAACAUCUGAUUUUUUUUAUUCUACGGAGACUGUUUGCUGUUUUUAUUUUAUUUAUUUUCCUGAGGAGGAGGGGGGCAAACUGGCGAGAGGCGAGCAUGGAGUAUUUCAUGGUACCAGCUCAGAAGGUGCCCUCCUUGCAACAUUUCAGGAAAACGGAGAAAGAAGUGAUUGGAGGUCUUUGUAGUCUGGCCAACAUUCCUCUGACCCCAGAAACAGCCCGGGACCAAGAGAGGCGAAUUCGGAGAGAGAUCGCCAACAGCAACGAGCGUCGGCGUAUGCAGAGCAUCAACUCUGGGUUCCAGUCACUGAAAACACUCAUCCCACACAGCGAUGGAGAGAAACUCAGUAAGGCUGCCAUCCUGCAACAGACAGCGGAGUACAUUUUCACUUUGGAGCAGGAGAAGACGCGGCUACUGCAGCAGAACAGUCAGCUCAAACGAAUCAUACAAGAGCUAAGUGGUUCCUCCCCCAAGAGGAGGCGCGCAGAGGAGAAGGAUGAAGGGAUCGGCUCACCAGACAUCCUGGAGGAGGAGAAGACGGAGGACCUGAGGAGGGAGAUGAUUGAGUUGAGGCAGCAGCUGGAGAAGGAGCGCUCGGUCAGGAUGAUGCUGGAAGAUCAGAUGCGCUCCCUGGAUGCCCAGUUGUACCCGGAGAAACUGAAGGCGAUCACUCAGCAGCUCGCGGAGCACCAAACACAGAGCCUCGUCCAUCUGCAGCAGCACAAGCAGCUGGAGAGGGACCUCACUCCGGCCCACAGCCCACAGGUGUUGGCCCCAGCUACUCCCCCUGCACCGACGCACCACGCCACAGUCAUCGUCCCUGCACCCGCUCAGCCUCCCCAUCACGUCACCGUGGUAACCAUGGGACCAGCAUCCGUUAUCAACACAGUGUCCACAUCUCGACAGAACCUGGACACCAUCGUUCAAGCAAUCCAGCACAUCGAGGGCACCCAGGGGAAGGCCUGCCCCGGCGAGGAGGAGCAGCGGAGGGCGGUCAUCGUCACUUCAGGUCGCGUCCUCUCUGACGCGGCGGGCUCAGACACGGCCUCCAACAGCGACGGGCCCGACGACUGUUCGCUGCCCUGAGUUCUUCCCCGACAUCUCGCACGCCGUAUACCUACAUACACACACUUACACACAAACGGCCCCGAGCAGACCACAGGGGCCACAGGAGGUUUCAAACGCACAGCACUCUUCUUCAGUGGACAUUACUAGGGCUGGUAGACACAUUGAAGCACUCGUUGUUGUUUUUUUUUCUCUUCUUUUCAGUACAUUUGUACCGUGAUAGGCAGCCGAAUAGGUUUACACUUAGACAUUCAUACAUGCAGUCUCUUCUGCGUCUUUCUCUCUGCUUAGCCCACACACACACACACACACACACACACACAAGCUCUGUUCAUUAUUCUGUAGAGAGGUUAUUAGAGCGACUACUUCACUGACUGAUCUGUAAAUGCUCCGUCAUACUGGAUACUAGAAUGUCUGCUAAACGUCACCGUUCAUCACCAGGACUGUUCUCUUUAUUCGGCCCCGAGGCCACGUGACUGAAACAGGAGACAAAGAGCCCAGCAGUGUGGCGUCACCACCACCACCACCCAACACCACCCAACACCAGAGCAUUCUCGUUUCUAAGACGAUCAUCCUUUUAAACCUCCUUCUCUGAGCUGUUUGGAGAGACACUGUGAGCUAACAAAGGCUGUCUCAAACAUCCACCUGUUUAGGCUUCUGGAUGAAAGAAUUAUCUUGUUUUACUCUUGUGAAGUCUUUUUUUUUUUUUUUCCUCCCCAUGGUUUGUUUCUCUAAGGCUCCCUCAGCCAGCAAGUUAAAGUGAUUGUACUGAAAAAAAAAAAAGAAAACACAAAAAAUGACGGGAAUUUAAAAAACUGUUUUCAUGGCUGACUGGUGCUCAAAGGAAAUGAAGCAAAGCUCGGGGGAGAGUGUGCGCUUA